AUGCACAGCAUGGGACUGCUCCCCACCGCAGCGAAGUUACUGGCUGCAGGCGCGCUGUUGCUCCAGCCGGCAGCCGUCGUCGCCCUGCAAUUCAAUCUCACGGCCCUGGGCGCGGCCAAUAACGCGUCGACGCUCGAGUGCUGGCAGAUGGACACGCCCUUCUCCAUUUCGACGCAGCAGGGCACUGCGGGCAGCGCGCAGCUGCAGCUGGGGAACACCAGCACGAUCUCGUAUAGCGUGCUGCCGGCGCAGUAUGACGCUGGGGUGCACAAUGCACCUGCGAAUCAGUGGGUCAUCUUUUUGUCUGGCCUAGCCCACAUCACCCUCCCAGAGGACGACACCACUGAGGUGUAUGUGUCUGGUGGGCAGUUCGGCCUCAUAUUUGCAGCAGACACGUCUGAUGUCAGCGCGAGUGGUCACGCCACGUCAUACCCUGGUACCACUGAGACGAUUGCUAUACAGAUCCCGACUGAGGAUGGCGAGAUACCGGCGCACUCAAUCUUACAUCCUGGGCCCUGUACUGCGAAUGAUACCUUGGGGUUGCUGAUGCUGGGGGCUGGAGGCGCGUGA